ACUGUCAUGUCAUUGUGUGGGUUGAUUUUUGUAUAAUUUUUGUCUUACAUUUUUUUUUUUUGUGGAGGGGCAGUCUCCGCCAUUUGGGGGCGCAUUGGUCAGUUGUACGCUGGACGAGCAGCGACAAACAUCCGGUUACCGGUAAUCCAAUAUCCGAUCUGACAUAGAGUGCCCCGCCAUCAAUCUAAUCGCGCAUGGAAAUCUUCUAAGGCUUCCAGACUCCGGCUCGUGGUGUUUUGUUUUGUUUGGUUUUUGUUUUUUUGCACUAGUGAGAUAAACUGAUCUGAAUCCUGGCCAAAACUAUGGAAGUGCUAAAGAAAGACGCCGCCAUGGGCUCCCCGAGCAGCGUCUUCUAUUUCCUGCUGCUGCCCACCCUGGUCCUGUGGUACAUAUACUGGCGUCUGUCCCGGGCCCAUCUCUACAGGCUGGCCGGACGACUGCCGGGCCCGCGUGGCCUGCCCAUCGUGGGACACCUGUUCGACGUGAUUGGACCCGCUUCAUCUGUUUUCAAAACAGUGAUCCGGAAGAGCGCCCCCUUUGAACAUAUUGCCAAAAUGUGGAUCGGUCCCAAGCUGGUAGUCUUCAUCUACGACCCCCGCGACGUGGAGCUACUGCUCAGCAGUCAUGUGUACAUUGACAAGGCCUCCGAGUACAAGUUCUUCAAGCCCUGGCUUGGAGAUGGUCUGCUGAUCAGCACAGGUCAAAAAUGGCGCUCGCAUCGCAAACUAAUCGCACCCACAUUCCAUUUGAAUGUCUUGAAGAGUUUCAUCGAGCUGUUCAACGAGAACUCUCGCAAUGUGGUGCGGAAGCUGCGUGCGGAGGAUGGACGCACAUUUGAUUGUCAUGAUUACAUGAGUGAGGCGACUGUGGAGAUUCUAUUGGAGACAGCCAUGGGCGUGUCGAAGAAGACACAGGACAAGUCCGGAUUCGAGUACGCGAUGGCGGUGAUGCGGAUGUGCGAUAUACUCCAUGCCCGGCACCGGAGCAUCUUUCUGCGCAACGAGUUCGUCUUCACCCUGACGCGCUACUACAAGGAACAGGGGCGUCUGCUCAGUAUUAUACAUGGCCUUACCACCAAGGUCAUUCGCAGCAAGAAGGCGGCCUUCGAGCAGGGCACUCGAGGAUCUCUGGCCCAGUGCGAGCUCAAGGCGGCCGCCCUAGAGAGAGAGCGCGGACAGGAACAGAAGCAGGAACAGGCGGAGAUGGGCUCAGCAGGCGGGGGGAAGGCUGCUGGCGAGGGCACACCUGUCGCUGGGCUCUCCUACGGCCAGUCCGCGGGCCUCAAGGACGACCUAGACGUGGAGGACAACGACAUUGGGGAGAAGAAGCGACUGGCCUUCCUCGACCUGAUGCUGGAGAGCGCCCAGAACGGAGCCCUCAUCACGGACACGGAGAUCAAGGAGCAGGUGGAUACGAUUAUGUUCGAGGGCCAUGACACCACCGCAGCCGGCUCGUCCUUCUUCCUCUCACUGAUGGGCAUACACCAGGAAAUCCAGGACCGCGUGAUUGCCGAGCUGGACGGCAUCUUCGGGGACUCCCAGCGCCCGGCCACGUUCCAGGACACGCUAGAAAUGAAAUACCUGGAGCGCUGCCUGAUGGAAACGCUGCGCAUGUACCCCCCAGUGCCGCUGAUCGCCCGCGAGUUGCAGGAGGAUCUGAAGUUGAACUCUGGCGACUACGUUAUACCGCGCGGAGCCACGGUGACGGUGGCCACUGUUCUGUUGCAUCGCAAUCCCAAGGUCUACACCAAUCCCAAUGUCUUCGAUCCGGACAACUUUCUGUCCGAGCGUCAGGCCAACCGACAUUACUAUGCCUUUGUCCCCUUCUCCGCGGGACCACGCAGCUGUGUGGGGCGCAAGUAUGCCAUGCUCAAGCUCAAAAUUCUACUCUCGACUAUAUUGCGGAACUAUCGCGUCUACUCGGACCUCAGUGAGUCGGACUUCAAGCUCCAGGCGGAUAUCAUACUGAAGCGUGAGGAGGGCUUUCGUGUGCGUCUCCAGGCCAGAUUUUUCCGGUACUUCGAAAACGGCAGGAGUUUGACAGAAGUCAAGGCCUACUUUAUGAGUUUCUUGGUCUUAAGUACAAUGGGGCGAAAACCUUUCGGCCUUCACUUCGAGCAGGGCACUCGAGGAUCUCUGGCCCAGUGCGAGCUCAAGGCGGCCGCCCUAGAGAGAGAGCGCGGACAGGAACAGAAGCAGGAACAGGCGGAGAUGGGCUCAGCAGGCGGGGGGAAGGCUGCUGGCGAGGGCACACCUGUCGCUGGGCUCUCCUACGGCCAGUCCGCGGGCCUCAAGGACGACCUAGACGUGGAGGACAACGACAUUGGGGAGAAGAAGCGACUGGCCUUCCUCGACCUGAUGCUGGAGAGCGCCCAGAACGGAGCCCUCAUCACGGACACGGAGAUCAAGGAGCAGGUGGAUACGAUUAUGUUCGAGGGCCAUGACACCACCGCAGCCGGCUCGUCCUUCUUCCUCUCACUGAUGGGCAUACACCAGGAAAUCCAGGACCGCGUGAUUGCCGAGCUGGACGGCAUCUUCGGGGACUCCCAGCGCCCGGCCACGUUCCAGGACACGCUAGAAAUGAAAUACCUGGAGCGCUGCCUGAUGGAAACGCUGCGCAUGUACCCCCCAGUGCCGCUGAUCGCCCGCGAGUUGCAGGAGGAUCUGAAGUUGAACUCUGGCGACUACGUUAUACCGCGCGGAGCCACGGUGACGGUGGCCACUGUUCUGUUGCAUCGCAAUCCCAAGGUCUACACCAAUCCCAAUGUCUUCGAUCCGGACAACUUUCUGUCCGAGCGUCAGGCCAACCGACAUUACUAUGCCUUUGUCCCCUUCUCCGCGGGACCACGCAGCUGUGUGGGGCGCAAGUAUGCCAUGCUCAAGCUCAAAAUUCUACUCUCGACUAUAUUGCGGAACUAUCGCGUCUACUCGGACCUCAGUGAGUCGGACUUCAAGCUCCAGGCGGAUAUCAUACUGAAGCGUGAGGAGGGCUUUCGUGUGCGUCUCCAGGCCAGAUGAGCAGCACAAACAAUUUUCCAAAAAAAACCCAAAAAAGGGCAACUUUUCCAUACAUAUAUCUCUACUUUUUCGCAAGUGAUAGUCACCGGUUAAUACAGUAAUAAUAAUACAAUUUGUUCAACACUCGAUUUAUUGAAAAAGUUUAGAAUAAUGUUUGCUUGUUUUUUUUUUAUUUUUGUUUGGUCGCAUUUGAAGAAACCACUAUCAUCUCCAUUUAAAUGUAUUUGUUUUUGUGUAUUUUAAUACGUAAUUAUGCAUAACGACUCUUUGUGCAAUGAUUUUGACAAUAAAUCCUCGGUGCAAUUAUAAUAUCGAUUAGUCGAUCGCUUA